AUGGAGCAAGAGCGCCCCAAGGAUGCCGUCGAUGGCGAUGUCGACAUGAAGGAAAGCCUCGACGAAUCUAGUGUAGACAUGGAAGGCAAUCCUGGCCAAGAUGAACCUCACGACUUAUUUCAACUAAUACAUGACCUUUCGAAGUAUCUAUGUAGCCGACGCGUACCGAUUUUAACAAAUUUCAGUGGCGAAGAGCUUGCGGCUGGGUUCCAGCGCAUUCCGAACAGGCGCCUUUUACCCGACUAUUUUGACAUCAUUGCCGAGCCUAUCGCCUUCAGUACUGUUCGAAGCAAAAUCCAAAAGAAGCAGUACAAUGCCUUCUCCGAGUUCGUCAAGGAUGUUGCACAAAUAUGCCACAACGCACAGGUCUACAAUCGCCCUUCGGCGCCAAUAUUUGGUGCUGCUGAACGACUUCGAGAGAUCCUCCAGGAGGAGCUCAAGAAACUCGUCGACAGUGGUGAUAUUACAGCCGAGGAUGCGCGUCUGCCAGACUUGGGAGAGCUGCCUCCCGUCGAAGAAUCACCAUCGCAGCAGGGGCGAAACAACAAUGACGACGACGAAGACGACGAGGACGAUGAGGAGGAAGAGGAGGAGGAUACCGAUGAAGACUCUGAUGACGAAGACUACAAAGGGCGAGGGGGAAGACGCUACACAUCCGAUCGAGGCAGCCGCAGCAAUGACAAGGACUCAAGAUUCCAACAGAAAAGAGGCCGGCCACCAAUGGUCCUAACUCCGACGGAAGCCAGAAUCUUCUCGCUCCUCAAGGAGCUUAGAAAAAUCAAGGAUGCAGACGGAAACACACUUGCUGCGCCUUUCGAGAGGCUUCCUGAUAAAACGGUUGUCCCAGACUACUACCAAAUAAUUGCGAAUCCAAUCGCUUUGGACAACAUUAAGAAGAUGACGAAGCGAAAGAAGUAUCAAACAGUCGACCAGGCACUCUUAGACCUUGAACUCAUGUUUGAGAAUGCCAAGGCGUAUAAUGAAGAUGAUAGCCCAGUGUACGAAGCUGCUGUGAAACUACAGCAGCAAGCUCGGGUACUGGCAGAACAAGAAAAGUUGAAACCAGAUGACGAUUUCCGGGACGAGGAUGGCAAACUCCCUCUAUCAAGCAUCGAGUACAGCGGAGAAACCUGGAGAGUUGGUGACUGGGUGCACAUUCGGAACCCCAACGACCUAGCAAAGCCUAUUGUUGCUCAAAUAUUCCGCACAUGGCAAGAUCGUGAUGGCCAGAAGUGGAUUAAUGCAUGCUGGUACUACAGGCCGGAGCAAACAGUUCAUCGAUUCGAAAAACAUUUUUAUGUACACGAGGUAGUCAAGACGGGUCAGUACCGCGACCAUCCGAUUGCAGACGUUAUCGACCGCUGCUACGUAAUGUUCGUCACUCGAUUCAACAAGGGACGUCCCCGGGGACUUGCACCGGACAAGGACGUCUACGUCUGCGAGUCUCGGUACAACGAAGAGAAGUUUUACUUCAACAAAAUCAAGACUUGGGCCAGCUGUGUUCCUGACGAGGUGCGGGAUAAAGACUACGAGAUGGAUUUGUUUGAGGUUCCCCGUCAGAUGAAGAAAAUACCCAGUCCAAUCAAGCACCUCUUGCGCGACGAUGCCAAAGAAACAGAUGAGCUUCCGCGACCGACUUGGGGCAGCCCAAAUGCUCCGCCCAUUAUUGGUGCCGUCCAUCGUCGACCACCAGGGCCUAAUGAAUCACCUCCUCCAGAUCUCAUGAUGCCUGCAAUGCCAGCCGUUUCCAAGAUGCCAGCAGAACCAACCCAGCGCCUUCCCAUAAAUCCCGGGGUUAAGGAUGCCACAAGCGAGGCGGCAAGAAACGGAGCCAUCCCUUACGGCAUGGUUGGUGCAGUGCCACCUCCCAACCAGUAUUACGGACACGUUCCACCACAUUUCCAGCCAGUCCCUCCAAACACCGGACCUAUCCCACAAACUCCGGUUCCCAUACCUCAUCAACCGCAGCAGACGCCUCCGCAUAUGUCGAUGCGAUCCAUGCAAUACCAAUAUCAGCCUCACCAACAGCCUGCCUACAUGCAAAACUACAACGGCUAUGCCCCAUCACCUGCAAUGCCUCUGCAUCAUCAACCCGUGCCCAACCCACGGCCAACAGGGUACAUGCAAGGUCACACUGCGGCAGUGCCCAGGCCGCCGGGGAUAGUGACCCCUGGUGUUGCUCAGCCACAUGCUAAUAUGUACAAUCCGCCGCGGCCCCCUGAGGUGUAUACACUACCAGACAACAUCAAUGAAACUUUACCAGAGGCGGUGCGGCGGGAAUUUCAACACGAUGAAUCUGGUAGGGUGCUGUUCUUUUCAGCCGCCCCUCUGGACCGCUCAUGCAGUGGUCUUUCGCCGCAGAGCUCAGGGCUUGGGCAUAGUGCCAAAUACCUUGCCGGACGGAGUAAAUGGUUGGCCGAACGCGAAAUGAAGCGAAAGGAUAGAGAUGAGCUAUUGCAUGGGCUGCGAGAAAAGCUACGGCGGACUGAAUUACAGUCUGACGAAUCUCCGGCCAUCUCACAAGCCGCCCACGCAAUGGAACUAUUCUUUGAGCACCUUGGCCAAGACACUGAGCGUCUAAAAGAGGACGUCGGUCUGUAA